AUGUCGGCGCAUGGCCCACCCGCAGUUUGGUGUCCAGACACACCUGCUCCUUCUCUUCCCUUCAUUCUCCCGACUUCCCUUUCGUCUUUCCUGUUAUUUUCGUUCUCAUCUUACCUCUCAUAUUUCCUUAUACUUGAGAAUUUUCUUGGUGAUUUUGCUUUGUUACGCGUCACUUCUUUACUUGUCUCUCAGGCCCCUCGAUCUUUGAAGAGAACAGUGGUUAUGAAGCUCUCAAAGGAUGAACUACUCGCAAAUAUCGAGCAGCAAGGAUCAACAAAGAAACGUCCACCAAAGGUUGCCCCUCCACCAAAGGUUGCCCCUCCACCAAAGGUUGCCCCUCCACCAAAGGUUGCCCCUCCAACAAGAGUUUGCAUUGCGUAUUGACCAGCCAGCGCUGGUCCCAAGCGCGGGUUGCAUGAAGAGCUCCUUCAAGAUGUUAGCAAUCGAGCAUGAAGGGAUUCUAGGCCCGCGUCUCUCCCUCAACACCUUAUGCCCAUACGUUACACGCCUCGCAACAGCGUACAAGCAUGAACACGAUAUUGAGAUUUCACAGAGAGUAGUGAAGGACGUGAAAGAUGUAAAAUGAUUGGAUUCAAACAGACUUGAAAAACUUGCUAGGGCUUAGCAGCAAGGCCCCCUCAUCUCCUCAACACUCUCCCCCUCCCUCGCAUCCCGGCCACUCUAGUUGAAACCCCUAUCCUUCGCCGCCGCAAACGCAAUCGCCGCAUCCCGAUCCACGGCGUUCGUCCUGUCCGCCUCCCCCUUCCCACCUGCACCGGCGGCCCAGACGUCCCAGUCGGCGCGCGAUUUGUCGAGGACCCGCGUAGCGUCCGCGGUGGUGCGGAUGGCGUCUAGGGAGUCAACGAGGACGUCCAGCGUGCCGGUUACGCUGGGGGCUUGGUGCCGACGAUGGCAGCGGUUUGGGAGGAGUCGCGUAUUAGGGCUGUGACGGACCAGGAGCGGGAGAGGAGGAGGGGGAGGAGUUGGAGGGCGAUUUUGCCGUGCGCGCCGAGGAAGAGGAUGUGUGGUGGCAUUGCGGGUUCGGUGGGGUUGGUUGGGUUGUUGGGGCUGUUUGAGCUGGAGUGAUUGUAGGUUGUACUGUGGGUUAAUGGGAGAGGGAGGAGGAGGAAGUAGUUAAAUCGAGGGGAUCGAUCGUCAUUGCCUCACAGGCUUAUUUAUCACUUGUUGGAGCAGCUUAGGUCAUGCAUCCAGGGUGGCAUCAUUGAUCAGAUCUUAUCAGCUCUACUGGCUGCUACCUGCAGUACGCAAUUCAUGCCGAGGUUAGACAACACCCAGGUAUAUACAGUAGCUAUUUUGUUCCGUCCAAUGGCAAGAUAGAGAUGGCUUUUUGGGCACUUAUUGCCUGUACGAACGCUUUCCACUCAAGAUACAAUUUUAAACAGC